AUGGCUGCACUACUCGAGCGUAACCAUUUCGACGGUGACCGCAGCGGCAGUGGCAAUCGCAGUGGCGGAUUUUAUCGGCGGUCCGAAUCGCGCCCGUGCGGCGGAGGCGAUGACGAUGGCCUCGUCGUAGUUGUUGUUGCUGCUACGACUGCAGCUGCGCCCGCUAUGAGUUAUAACGAUGUCGUGAUGAUUCACAGCGAGACGCGCCAGUGA